ACCUUAAAUCAACACUCUCAUCCAACACAACCACAAACAACCCAUAACAAUUCAAAAUGCCCCUCCCAAUUCUCGACCACUUCGCCAUUCUGGUCUCAUACCAGACACUUCAAACCGUAACCCAAUCCCUAAAAGAUUCUCUCCUCGUAAUCGACGGAGGCGCCCACGCAGAUGGCCUAACAGUCAACAAACUAAUCCAUCUCGCCGACGGCACAUAUCUCGAGUUCAUCGCCUUUGUCGAAGGCGUAGACCCUGAGAAACGCCGUGCUCACCGCUGGGGAAACCUCGAAGAGGGCAAAAUCGCAGAUUGGGCUCAUACGCUACCCAGUGAAGCUGAUUACGCACAGUUGCAGAAGCGCGUGGCUGAUGCUGGGAAUGGUGUUACGUAUGGUGAUCUUACUUCGCUUCAAAGACAAAGGCCUGAUGGCGUUUUGAUGAAGUGUCUUGUUUCGGUGGCGCUGAAUGCGGAGGGGGGAAGGAUAUUUCCUGGGACGGUGCCGUUUUGGUGUGUUGAUGAGACGGAGAGGCAUUUGCGAUCGCCAUUCAAGGCGGAGAGUGGUGAUGGGCUGCAUGAGUAUACGAAACAUCCUUCACAUGCCAGAGGUGUAUCGAAAGUCACUGUCCUGCUUCCCGAGAAGCGCAUUGCGACGUACAAGCCUGUUUACGACGCUAUUCACAACCAGAACGCUACUGCUGGAUCAGACGGCUACUCAUGGCCUUACGACCUCCCCGCUGGACCUAACCCAGGAAGCAACGAGGUCGUCCUGUCAACUCUCGAAGGUGGAAAUGGCAAUGCAGAGAUCAAGUUGGCACUUCUUGGCACAAAGGAUAGCCCCAAGUCCAUCGAGCUUCUUCCAGGGUUAGUCGUCGACUUUGAACACACAGAUUAGACAAACAAAAACGUUCUAUUCGGGUAUCUAAAAAAACAACUCCCUAGUCCAGAUUCAAUCUCAAGUCAAAGUUCGCUUCUCCGUCUUCCAAAACCUCGACAGCUUCCCAAUAUUCCAUAGCUCUGGGACGAAUAUCCCUCUGGAGCAUGAGCUUGAACUUGAGCCCUGCAAAGUCCUCAGAGUACCAUCUCUUUUUUGAAUUCUGCACCAGACGCUCCGUUAUCUCAUCACAGACCCGCUGCAACGCGUCUCCCAAAGGAAUCUCCCGCACAAACUCAUCGUAGACAUUUGCGCUCUCUUCAAGGUUUACAGCCCAGUAAUGAAGAUUCGCCCCAGUACCGUACGUGAUGAGCGUCUCUCUGUCUGUGAGGUCCAGUGGGGGUGUGAAUACGGGGGCGAGAACCGCGACAACAGAGAUUAUCUCCACGGCUAGACAUUCGCCGCACCUGUGCGACAGAACUCCACCCUCUGCGAGUGUAGCCGGCAUUGCGUAGACGCCUUCCAUGGUGGUUGGCAUGAACUUACCUGAGUGAGGAUGCCCACAGUCGCUGUGAGGUGAGAAGACGACACGGCAAGAUGGGCAAGCGAUCUCUGGGGAUUCUCCGUCUUCCAUGUCCUUCAAGGCUUCAUCUAUCAUGGUGUGAAGACACUUGUUUCCAAACAUGUGACCGCAGGGUAAAAUGCGAGCUCGGUGGGACAUCAUUUUCUUUUCAGUGGUCAGGCCUUCAUCGGGACUGAAGGUGUGGUCAUGGGGAAAGAUGGACAUGUCAGUGAGACAGAUUCCGCACUCGAGAUGAAGAUGGUUGAAGAGCUUCGGGUCUUCGAUGAGGGAGUCUCUGAGACGAGGCCAGAAGGGUGUGGUCCACGCAAGUCUGUUAUAUUGGGGUUCGUGGUGGAUGAUGUUUUUGAUGGACAUCAUGUUGACAACGGUUGUGGAAGACAUGAUGAAUGGUAGUUCUUGUUAGUCAAGUACAAGAUGAUAAGUUCAGAAGAAGAAGUAAGUAGAUCUAAAGGAAGAGGUAUAUCUAUCAAAGGCUAUUGAGGAAAUCAUAUUUAUUUAAUCGUUUGAUCCAC